AUGGCCACAACAGCGCUACACGGGUGGCACCCCGGUGAGCUCACGAUCCAGCGAAAGCUCGGGUUCGCCAAUGCUGCCACGGAUGGCUGGUCACGUAUCAGCAACUUCAUGCCUGAGCAGCAUCGCCUAUUUCACACUUCCAAUCUCCCCUUCAUCCCCAUUGCAACCCUCGAUGAAGAAGGCCGGCCGUGGGCAUCUAUUGUUGCGGGGUCAACGGGUGAAUCUGGCUUCGUUGAAAGUCCUGACCCGCGAACUCUGACUUUUCAUACUCGGCUAUGGGAAGGUGACCCGCUCUUAGACACAGCCAGAGCAUGGGUCGAUCAGAACGGGCGAAAGGCCACUCGCGAGAGAUUCCUCACUGCAGGUCUGGGAAUUGAAUUCUCAACGCGACGACGAAAUAAGUUUGCGGGGUCUAUACGAGGUGUAAGACGCUGGUCGGAUGCCGAUUACCAGGUUGAUGUAGAAGUCACCGAGGCGAUAGGGAAUUGCCCAAAGUACAUCAACAUUCGCAAGCUCGUGCCCCAUCCGCAUACGCGACCUGAACUUGUCUACCAGCGACAGCAUCUGACACCGCAGCAACGCCUUCCAGACGAGGUGAUUCAAUUCAUCAUCGAUGCCGAUACCAUCUUCAUCGGGUCUAUCUUUAAAUCAAAUGCGCCGGAGUUUCCUUCGCACGCAGGCAUGAAUGCCCGAAGUGGUUUACCAGGUUUCAUUCGCGUCAGCCCCUCUGAUGGUCGCACAGUGGUGAUUCCAGAUUACUCAGGGAACCGAUUUGUUUCUAGUCUGGGAAAUAUCGAGUCUAGUGGGGUGGUUGGCUUGACUAUCGUGUCUUUCACGACAGGUGAUAUCCUCUACCUGACAGGCACUGCCGAGAACAUGGUGGGACCACCCGCGCUCAAAAUCAUGGCUAGGCAUGCCAGCAUCACAUCGAUGAAUGUUACAGGUUUCACCUUUGUUCGGGAUGCGCUGCCCGUCCGACAGCAGAUUGGCACGUCCGUUGAGCGCAGUCCGUACAGCCCGAAAGUCAAGUACCUGGUAGAAGAGGCGGAGUCACAAAUGGACGGCGCUCAACAACAUAAAGCCCAGCUUCAAGGAGCGGUACAGCUUUCUUCCGACCUUGCUGUCUUCAAAUUCAAAGUCAGCUCAGCUGCCGGUGCCAGUGAUCUGAAGAUCCGCCCUGGGCAAGCUAUCGUACUGGAUUUUAUGGACUGGAUUGGGCCACCUAAGUACCAACACAUGGCGAACUCGGCCCCUUCGUCGAUCAAUGACGAUCGAGUUCGUACUUGGACCGUGUCAAGUGCUCAUGAAGACGGAAAGACGACCUGGUUUGAAUUGACCAUGCGCAAGGUGAAAGGAGGUGCAGUCACGGGUGCUUUGUUCGAUCUCCUGAGGCAAGAUCCUUCCAACAAAAUAGGUCAACCGGUUUCUUUCAAUACCCCGGUGACUGCAGACAUUGUUGGCGUCACGGGAGACUUUUGCAUGGGUCAGGGCAAGCUCAAUCUUCUCUUGAUAGCGGGCGGGAUUGGGAUAACACCCUUUCUGGCUAUGCUCAAUGCACUAGCUGCACGAGGCUCCAAAGCCAGGAGUGAAGUGAUGCUUGUUCUGGCAACGAGAGAGCCGGAUAUCAUGAUCAACUUGAUGAAACCAGCGCUUGACAAGAUGCCCCCGACGGUCAACAUCAAGAUUGCCAUGUUCGGCCAUGCCUCGGACUUUGACACAACUUGUCUCAAUUCGCCGGGCCGGGAAAUCUCUAUGCACACGGGUCGUGUUGUCGCAAACUACUGGAAAGGCUUACCAUUGGAUAAGGAGGUGUUUAUUUGUGGACCCAAUGGAUUCGGGGACUCGGUUACUGACGGACUACAAGCCGCCGGUUUCCCGUUAACUCGAAUCCACAGGGAAGGUUUUUAUUGA